UUGCCGCAGAGCAGUUAUAUCUGCCUCAGAUUGACGUCUCAAGUCAAAUACCUGCUGCAUUGUGAUACUUUGAAACCGAGUAGUUUCAGUUUUUUACACAGUGUGCUAUUAUCUAGUGAGCUGGGUGGAGCAUGACCUUACCUCAGACACGGCUUUUGAGGAAAGUAAACUUAGCGUUAGCAGGUCGGACGGGCAGCUAGUGGCUUCUUCAUCUUCUGUGACACCUUCCAAACAGAAAGACGAGAGAGGACGACAAUGCUGCAGCUGGGUGAUGAAGCCACUCUGUACUCGCUCGUCUUCGUGGUGGUCCUGUUGGGGACCCGGAGCCCGGUGUGGACAACCGUUCUCACCGCCUCCCUCUACCUCUUUCUGGCCAUGUUCCGGUUCCCUCAGGUGCCGGCGACCCGAGCCCGACAGGUGCUCCACCCGGCCAAGGGCACGGUGGGCUCCGGCAAAGUGUCAGUGGUCGCACACCGUGGUGGCGGGCACGACGCACCGGAGAACACGAUAGCAGCCAUACGGGAGGCCAAUAAGAAUGGGGCAACAGGCGUGGAGUUGGACCUUGAGUUCUCAGCAGAUGGUGUCCCAAUACUGAUGCAUGAUGACACUGUGGACCGGACCACCAACGGGUUGGGGCCACUCAGCCAAAUAAAAUUUUCUGACUUGAGUAAACUGGACGCAGCUGCUAAGCAUCGACUCAGGGAGAAGUUUGCCGGGGAGAAGAUCCCAACUCUGGAGGAAGCGGUGGAGGAAUGCAUCAGACUGCAGCUCACCAUAUACUUUGAUGUCAAAGGUCAUCCAGACGAGGCAGCUGCAGCCCUUACAGCCUUGUAUAAGAAACAUGCAGUCCUCUACAACAGCAGCAUUGUCUGCUCCUUUGAGCCCAAAGUCAUCUACAGGAUGAGGCAGAGUAACCCAGAUGUGGUCACAGCGUUGACCCAUCGGCCCUGGAGCCUGAGCCGGUUUGGAGACGGUGCCCCACGUUUCUCAUCACUGUGGAAACACCACUGGAUGACACUAAUGGACAUGGUGUUGGACUGGGCACACCAUCACGUGCUGUGGAAGCUCUGUGGCAUCUCAGCAUUCCUGAUACAGAAGAACUUUGUCUCACCGGACUACGUGCAGUACUGGGCCCAGAGAGGGGUGGAGGUGGUAGCCUGGACGGUCAACACAAAGGUGGAGAAAGAGUAUUACCAAGAGCUGCUGCAAGUCAACUACAUCACAGACAGCCUUGUGGAAGACUGUGACCCCCAUUACUGACACUCACGUGAAUCCAGCACGCAUAAUACAUACUCCAAGUUCAAAUGAAUCAAUCAAAAGAAUCAAAUGAAAAGAAUAUAUCACCCAUGUGGUGGCAUCAGGCAAGAAAACAUAUACCAUUUAUUUAUUUCCAUGUAUACUAUGAUUACUGUUUGUGUGUGUGUGUAUGCGAGCAUGUAUGUUUAUAUUUGGAUGUUUCCAGAGAAUAGUAUACUUACCAGACAGGGUGCCAUACUCAAUAACAAGAGGCCAAGUCAGGUUUUUUUCUGAUUGAAUUAAUUUAAUGAUAUGAUGAAUUCACUCAAACAUGUUGAGGUACCUGACAUGCAUUUAUAAACCUUUUAAUACAAUGUGUUGGUAAUACCUGUCUAUAAUAGACCAGAAUCAAGUGUACUGUAUUAACCAACUCAGGACUGCUUAGAUUUUUUUUCUUCUUUUUGUUAUCGUGUGUAUCAUACUGUCUUGUCCUGUUAAGUCAUGCAGUUCCCAUGAUUUCUAUCCAGAAAAGGCCUUUCGUCUGAAUGAAACUACCUUGAAAUUCUUUGACAGCAUUUAUUAAUAAUACAAGUAAACAUUUUAUAUCUUUGAGAUAUGCACAUAUGAACCUAUAAUGUAAAAAUACAGAAAGUUUGGCAACCAAAUAGCAAGUUUUCAGGCUGUGUCAGAUUUCAAAAUGCAAGACUUUGAUUUGCUUGUACAAAGUAGAGUGAAUAUCUGAUCUUAGGUUCAUAUAUGAAUCAUGCAAUAUAAUUAUCAUACUCUUCAGCAUUAACAUUUUUGAAAAAAUUGUCAUGUUGUUUGAGAAACAUCAUUUUCUUGGCUGUAGACUGCUAACCUUUGCAACUCACUGUAUCUGUAGACAGAUACCAGAGAUGAUUGAAGCUAUCAUGAAAUCAUAAGAUGAUGUGCUCUUGUUGAAACAAAAGAUGAAGAAUUGUAAUUGCAUUGUAGAGGACAUACACAAGACAUAAGACACAGUCAGGUAACACAGAGUAAAGGAUAAGCAAUGGCGAUAGAAAUAACUAAUUCAGGAGUGGGAGAUUUUAUGAGGCACUAAAGCUGUAGUGGAUCUGCAGAAAUGUGUCCUCAGAUGACAGCUGACAGUCACAAAACAACAUCAGGGCAGCUGUUAUUCAGGUUAUUAAUUACACCUGUAUGUGACAAAUUAAAUAUACUGUAAGGAAGGUCUGUACACCAAACUUUGCUCUGAAAGAUGUGGAAAAGACACCAGACUAGUUGUGAUUAAAGGUUCUUUGAUCUUGUAGUUAUCACAGAUAACAAAACAUGAAAGACUCACUGUACUGUUUCCAUUUGUCUUAAAAUCUGUAUAAAGAAAUGUGACGUUGGGGGUAGACUUAAAAUGUAUCAUGUUUCAAAUGAUGGAUAUCUCUUUUUGACAUGAAGCUCUUAUUUCUCAUGAAACCUUGGGGCAGCUGAAACAAUCAUGUCCCACAGAUCAGCUGUUUCUUUUGGUCUUAUUCAGGAAUGAACAUCCUCAUUAGAUACAUUGUCUCCCACUUGGGUGAAAAGAGGUACAGAACUGGCAAUAAACCACAGUUACAUCUAAAUAAAAUCCAA